AUGAAUCGAAGACAAAAACUUUCAAUAACUUUUAAACUCUUUUACUGGACGUUUGUGAUUUUCGCAUUAGGAUAUCCAUUCAAAUCGAUUACUAACAAUUUAUAUGAAAAAUUUCGGGAUAAUUCUUUGUCAUUCACAAUCGAUUCAGCUUAUUUGGAUUUCAAUACUUCGUUUCCAAGUAUUUCAGUGUGUCAAGUGUUCAAUGGAGAGAAAAAUUGGGAUUUGAGUGAACGAUACUUUGGCGGAGACCGCGACACGCGAAUCGAUGACUUUCUAACAGAAAUUUCCUUUUUCACCGGCGCUUGUUACACUUGUGAGUUGUGUAGCGUUGAAAUUGACUGCCCUAAAAACUAUUCAGACAUUCUUGAAAAAUUUCGAUCCAACUGUACUGAUUUGAUAAAGAAUUGUUCAUGGAACGGUGAAGCUUUCGAGUGUUGUGAAGGGUUUCGCCCACUUGCGACAGAGACGGGCAUGUGUUACACGAUAAAUUCAGCUUUGACUGUACCUAAAUAUGGAAGGGAACUUUUCUGUAAUCGUGAAAAUGGACCAGGCACAUUGAAAAUGAUGGUUUCGGAAGAUGUCCAAAUCUACAUCCAUCAUCAAAAUGACAUUCCUUUCGCUUACAGCGAACGAGACCUUAAAGAUACAAUUCUUUGGGGAUCAACAAAGCAACUGAUGAUUAAAGUAACUGAAAUCACCAAUGACGAAACAGUCCCAAUUGUCCCAAUCAAACAAAGACGUUGCAAAUUUUCAUGGGAAAAUGAACCAUCGUCAGUUUAUGAUUUAUACAGCUUUUCAACAUGUCAAACAAGUUGCUACAACAAAGCUCAAAUAGAUUUCUGCAAUUGUACUCAUCAUUUAAUGCCACGAAAUCCUCGUCUUGAUAUUCCUCAAUGCGACUUCAAAGGACUUCUUUGUUUGACAGAGAAUUUCAUGAAAAUAUCGGAAAUCAGAAAGGCUUGUUCAUCUUGUAUUUCUUCAUGUGAAGAACAUGAAUAUCGAAUCAUUUACAAUUCAAACGAAGAAAUGGGAAAUGAGGAAGGAACCGACAUCACAGUUUCGAUGAUUUCAUUGCCAACGCAUAGAUAUUUUCGUAGAACUGUUAAAACUAUGGUUGACUUCGUUAUAUCAAUUGGAGGAGUUCUUGGAUUAUUCUUUGGAUUCUCAUUCAUAAGUGUACUUGAUGUUGCAUACAAAGGAUAUUUUGUUAUCAAGAGAAUAUUCAAAUCGAAAGACAAAUAA